GUCAAAGCCAGCACCGCCCAGAGCAGCGGCACAAAAACUUUGGAAAGUCCUGACACCGUUACAUUGCCGAGUGUCGCUGUCACCUCCUCGCCCGUGGAUUAUCGAGCCUGCACUCAUUUUUAAAGACGCCUCCUCACCCGAAAACCAUCACUGCUCUGCUGCUUGACAAGGACACUUCAGCCGCUUCCCACUGAGUGCCCUCACACCCCAGAGACCCAGACUCAGCUUCCACCGUCGCCUCAAACAUAAACUUCCCAGACAUGGAGGGUCACAUGGUGCGCCUUGCCCUGCUUCUGUGCAUCACUGUUGCAGCCUCUGCCUCAAGUCCAACAUGUGAUCCGACAAAAAAUGUCAACCCAUGGUUUCAUGUGAGAGAGAUGCAAACUGGCUGCUGGACCAGCUUCGUCAUGGAGGACAAGGCGGAGGUCCACAUCCUUCACUUUACUCCCACGGAUCAGAAGAUAAUCCCUCUUCAUAUGCCAAACGCUAAGCCAAUGAACCUCAUUCUUACAUCGCCAGACGUAGUUUCUGUUUUCUUCAACAUCAACGCAGAUGUAAAAAUUUAUCUGGACAGUAACUCCACCAUUACUCCAUUUAGUAAUGAACAUCAAAACAACGUUUACAAGCAAGAUAUCCCCACUCAAAACGAGGACCUGGUCGAGUGGGCGACACAGAAGUUUGGCGGCGUGACCUCGUUCACAACACUCCAAAAUCUAAAAGAAAUGUCCACAACCGGAACAGCAGGAACCACCCCUGGCUCUCGCAAUUGCACGCUUAGAAAUGAAGACGCAUUCGAGAAACACUUCAUGGAGAUUAAAAAUGAACCCUCUGCUACUUCGUCCGCGUCUUGCUCCCCUCAGCAGCAGGAGAACUCCAGUGAUGAAGUGGAGCUUCACAUCAUAAACAUCCCGGAGAACGCCCGCAUUUGCAAUGUGUCGCUUCGCAUGGAUACAAAGAUGAUCAGGGUUUACUUGAGGGGCCCUCAGGGGACAGCAUGGACCAUUCUCAAUGCACAGUACACCAGGUUUGCUUCUAACAAUGACGUCCUGCUGCCCAGCUUCACUCGUGGAACACCAUUACAUACACUGAACAGUGACAAUGCAACUGAGGUCCAGAACAAGGCUAUGGAGAUCUUUAAUGUCACUACUUUCACGAGCUAUACUGAACUCAGACCAGUCGACUCUUCAAUCUUACUGGUGCUUGUACAAAAGGACAACCCUACAGUAACGACAACACCACUGGCACAGUUCAUUCCCACAACGACUGCUUCAAAUCAGAUGCCACUGUUGAUGCAGUUGUACACGUCCCCAGAUUUCCGCUCUCCCCUAGACCCCAACACCAAGGUGCAGAGCGACAAGAGAAUUUAUGCCGAGAUUUCUCGUCACACUUGGGGGGUGAUCGAGUUGACCAUCAAAGUGACCAGCUGCUUUGUUUACUCCAAGCGCUCGUCCUCUGUGGUAAAAGAGCUGCCCUUCAUUCCAGAGACCUGUCCCCCCAACUCUUGUCCCAACAGCACCCGACUGAGCUUUUCACUAGAUCAGCUGCCAGAGGUGACCUCCACCUCAUGGGACCUGGAAUGCUCAGUCAAACUUUGCUACAGUGAGCAUUGUGCAGAUGCAGUAAGAGUGAAUGGAAAUCUGGAGGUCACCCAGCCGUGUCUGCAACCACCGACCCCACCGUGCUUUGAUUUUGGCCUACCUGGUGUUCUUGGCAUUGCAUUUGGAGGAUUCCUGAUUGGAGUAUUACUUAUUGGAGCACUGUGGUUUAUCAAAAUAAAAACAGGAUACCCAACUGGAUUAGACAUGAGCUCAACAGCAGCAAGUCUUCCCGGAUGCCCCUGCUCUGGAGCCAAACGACAACCAGUUUCUAACAACGCGUCCCCCUCUGAGAACAGCAGCGCUAAUGCAAGCAUUGGAAGCACCCAGAGCACACCGACCAGCAGCAUGGCAUGAGACUAUGCUAAUCGUCACCACCAACAGAGCCACCAUCUCCCUCCAAAGUCAUCUAUACGGGUUUUGUGCUUUCGUUUUCCCUGAUAAUGCUUAAAAAGCAUCUCCCCUCUGUGCCCUCCUUAAAUUCCCAUUAGAAAAAGCACAACCCACCGGGCUGGGGGACAAAUAACAGGAGUCUAUUCUGUGGCUUCUGACGCUCACCUCUGCAGCUUCUCUGUCAAGCUCGUAGACAGGAAGUUAAAUAGGGCAAGAGGGAAAAAAAAUUCUCCCAGCAACAGGAAAAACAAACCAUAUCCCCCAAGAGCUAACAGGAAAUUCACUGCAUUCCUUUAGAUGAAUUGUACUUGUGUGAUGGCAGCACAAUAAUAGUUAGACAGGAGACAAACCAGUCAAAAGACUGACUUUGAAAAACAGAUGAAAAGCUGUUUUGCAUUCACAUCUAAGCCACCGGAGUACAAAGGCCCUUUGGUUAGGUCAGUCCAAAAAAGUUAUCCGCAACACCUCGGGAACUGGAAAGCUCCAGAUGUGAGGAUUUCUCAUACAAUUAAAAUGGUCACUUUGAGGGUUAUUUGUCCUAAUUGGAGUUCGAGGUCAAGGGUUAACAGCUACCUCCUAUUGCGAAGAAGUCUGGUGCUAAGUUUAAAAUUAAGACCAGAUUUCUCUGUUGAAUUGAUUUUACUUUCUGACUCUUUCAUGUUUUUUUUUGGUUUUUUUCUUUGCUUUAGGAUCUUACAGCCGACCCACUGGGUCAUUUGUAGCUAACAAAACAAAGUUAUGGUGCCACUCUCAUGCGAUGCAAAAAAACAGAAUCAGAGCCUUCACAUUUAUGUUCUAUUCCCAUCCCACACUUUUUUUUUUCUUUUAUUAAAGUAAGAGCAACAAUAAGAAACUAUGUUCACGGCCCAAACAUAGCAAUCAACCAUUAAGUAAUGAGGAAGGAAGUAAUCACUUGUGUUAUGUACAGCACCGCAGAGAUGCGUGGCUGCAUUCAGAGCCGAGUAAUGUUUCCAUAAGUAGGAGUUGGCAUCACAGUCGUGCACAUCAGUUUUCAAAUGACUCAAUCAUUUACUCAGUCAUACUCGGUGAUGCCUCCAGGGUGGAGUUCCCCUAAAAUAGUCUAUCUGGAGGCUGAAUUCCAGUACUUUUCCUCUGAACAGAGUGCAUUCACAUCCGAAUUAGCAACAAGUCCAUUACCACCGCGUAAGAGUUUGUUGCGACAGCUUGAAAUCAAUUUUUCUAAUAAUACACACACACAUACAAUCAUGCACAGUAGUUAAGUGCUUUCCGGCCAGUUUAAAUACCAGCCUGCUGUUAAUAAUAAACCAUCAUUCCUUCCCCCCAUAAUAUAAAGACUUUAUGCCUUUGACAUAAAGCACAGUAUAAACUCCUCAACCUGCUCACUCAUGUUUAAUGCCACUAAUGUUGCCCUCCAUCUUGUGAUAGGAAAUGAGCAAACAUUAGGGGAAAAAUCAUUCUUAGAACUCUAAUGGACAUUAUGGAACACAGGCACAUGCAGAUUCUUUCACUUUGACAAACAUAUGUAUAUAUGCCAACUUAAAAAUAGCAUGGAACAAUACAGGUUCAAAUAUUGUGCUGUAAUAUUUGAUAUUUUGAAAUUAAAAGUGUGGUAUUUCAGGUAAUUUGGCAAAAAAAAAGUUAAAACUUCCUCCACAAGUGCCUACAUAGCGUUCGUCACCAGCUCUGGAUCUCGGUCAUUUGAACUCAGUCGUAUAAUCAACAGUAACACAAAUAUGAAACCACAUCUUUCAUGUCACCGAAGUGCUUUAACCCUGUGAAAACGACUUUCAAACUUCGGUUUUCCAGCUCUCACAGCAUUUUGUUACGAUGUGGAAACUGUCACUUGAGAGAGAGAUGAGUUUGAUGAUAUAAAAUGAUUAACUUACAUCAGCUGCUGCAGUGCUAGCGCUAGACAGGGGCUGCAUAGGCGCCGCAUGGCGAGGACGUGCACGAGGGGCGAGAGUGGCGGUUGAUCCGUGAAACCACCGUUUGUUUUUACUGUUCAAAUGUAAAAUGUGUUUUUAUAUAUAUAUAUAUAUAUAUAUAUAUAUAUAUAUAUAUAUAUAUAUAUAUAUAUAUAUAUAUAUAUAUGGUUAUAUAUAUUAUAUGUUGGUUUUUUUUGUUGCCGCAAACAUUCACGUCACACGUUGAGCCUCAGUCAGUGUGUAUCUAAAGUACAUUACUUUGACACAAAUGCCUUUAUAUACAUAACAUAUACUACUCUAAUUGAUGCAUAUAUAUAUAUAUAAUAUAUAUAUUCACAUGACAUACAGUUAUUAACCUUCAUAGUUGGAUUAUAAGGUAAUUUAUUCACCUUCAAACCUAAUCUCUUCCAGACCGAUGACAUUUGUGAAAUGUCUCCUCAUUGUAUGUAUUUGAACUGUGUAAGCUAAGUCCCCUCCCUCUUUCACUCGGUGUGUGUGUGUGUGUGUGUGUGUGUGUGCGCGCGUGCGUGCGUGCGUGUACAUUUUUAUGAACAUGCCCAAUUUUUCUUAUUGUUUUUGUUCUGUCGAGAAAGAAACAAAGAGGGCCAGUACAAAAUGCCACUUGAGUAUUUGUGCAAUAUGAUGAGGUUAACGUGUAUGUAAUGUCGAUAUGUAGUUUUGACUUGUUGUUUUGUAAGUCGCUGUAUGAUAUCCUUACUUUGAGCCCUCUAUUCUUAACAUGCCUUAGUCUUUUAUGUAUUUAAAGAACUGGGACAAAUUCCAAUCGAAGCACUAAUUAAAUGCAUUGAAUUUGUUUUGUAUAUUAAUCAUAUUUUUUUAUAUCUGCAUAUUGGUAUGUGUUUCAGUUACACUGUAGUCACGUCACAUGUUACAGUCUGUUGGUUUUUACCACUAUUUGACUUCUGCCCUAACUGUAAAAAAGCAAAAACCCUUGCAGUCUUGAAAACAGAUCAGCAAGAUAAUUCUGAGCGCAACUUCUCACCACAAAGUAUGUAUUGUAGUUAAAUGUGCUGCAAUCUGCCAUAUUCUAGAGGUCAAAUGACUCAUGUUUUUUGUUUGUUAGGUAAACAUAAUAUACAGGCUGACAGUUAAUCCAUUUGUUAACCUUACAAAUGUAUUCAUUAUCUCUGACCACAGCAUCCUCCUACUCAGAUACUCAGACAGUUAAUGGACUAUAUGUGCGUCUGUGUAUGCACGUAUAUGCGCCAUAUUCCCUGUGUUUGAAAGUCUGUGUGUAGGUGUGCAACAGACGAUACAGUAUGUGUAAUGGGUUAUCUGAUAGCCUCCAUUCUCUGAAAAGUGUCUGUAAUUCACACCACAAAGAUAUGUCACAAUGUCAGCUUUGAUCGUAUAAAACGCUGUUAUCUCCGUGCCUUAACCCUUCUACCAUUGAAAAUGGGUCCAAACGUGUUCUGCGCUGAAAGAAUUCCAACUGAUGUUUUGUAUUUUGUAUGUUGUCCCUGAGGAAAUACAGUAUCAGUGUUGUCUGGAUUUAUCUUAAUAAAGUGAAUAUGACAAAGUCUA